AUGAGCAGAAGAGAAAAAAAAAUAUUUUCAUUAAAAAUUUUUGGGAGGGGGGGGGAAAGUCACAGCCCAAGUUUUCAUUAUGAAAUCGAACCAGUAAUUAUUGAAGAAGGAGAGGCGGAGAGAAAAGUCAAUUCGCUAAUUAUCCCCGAAGGGGAAUUUUGCAAUGGGAAAUUUAUUAAUAUUGAAGUUGAAAAGGGAUAUUUCAAUUUUAAGGAUGAGGCACUUUUUCAAGCUGCUAAAUUUGCUGACAAAAGUAUUAUUGAGAAAAUUCGGAAGGCACCGGACACAGGAUUUAGGCAGCCAGGAGGAAAAAAGAAAUUAAAGGAAAUUCUCCUUAAUGCGGGUCAUACCAAAAUAAUUGAGGAUAGUUUGGAGGAUGAUUUUUGGGGUAAUGGCAGAGAUGGCAGGGGAAAGAAUUGGUUAGGGAUUAUUUUAAUGACCACCCGUUCUAUUUUGCGUGUUGAAAAAAAAUUAAGCGGCGACAAGGAAACUACGAGAAAACUAAAUGAAAAAUAUGGGGGUAAUUGGCAAAAGCGGCAAUUAGAAAACGAGAUGAUUAUAAAUUGUCUGGACCAGUCAGAAGGCCAAGAAACAAUUCGCGGAGGUUCUUCUUCUUCUUCGCUGGCUGAGCCACUUGCGGAAACAAUUACAAAAAGCAAGGACAGCGAGCAGACGCCGCUAAGACCGGAAACAAUUGACAUUUUGCCCUCUUUUACCAUUAAAAAUGUUGAUAAAAAAAAAGAAAGCAGUUUAACAGAACAUAAAACACCUCUUUUCGCUCCCGACAGUUCCGAAAAAGAAGUUUCUCUGCGCUCUUCGUCUGAAAUCGAAGACGGCAGUCCUUACAACACCACCCUUCCUUCUCCUUCUCAUGGAAAAAACGACAACAGCGAGACAGAAGGAGGAAAAACUAUUCCCUCUGGUGUCCCUCCUUCUUCUUUAAAAAACGACGAUAGCGAGGCUAAUACAACUCCCAAAACUUUUUCUUCUCCUAACUCCCCUGUUCCUCGCGACGAGACUCGCCAGGAAAAUAACUCUUUUCUCCUCCUAAUUUUAACUUUGUUAUUAGCAGUAGUAGUAAUCGGUGUGGCAGCGGUUAGAGGAGUGUUUUGGAUAAAAAAUCCCAAGCGAACUAAGCAAAAAUUCUCUGAUAACAACGAUAAUUAA